AUGUCUCUUCCGCUCGGAUCCACAGGACAGGAUGUUCUUCCCAUGGCUAUAGUGAACAUCUUCGACAAGAGGAAACGACCAGUUCACUGUCGGGCACUCAUUGACACCGCAUCCACGAAGAACUUCAUCACGGAAGAGCUGGCAAACAAAUUAGGUAUGCAAAAACUCAACUGCUCAAUUCCAAUCGGAGCCCUCAAUGAGCUGUCAACUGUUGUUCACCGCAAAAUUCACGCGACAGUUGCAUCUCGCCUCAACGGCUUCACACGGCAAUUGAGCUUCCUCAUCAUCCCCAGGAUUUCUGGUCUGCUUCCCACCGAGCAAGUAGACAGAGAGCUCCUGGAGAUACCUCCAAAUCUACCACUCGCAGAUCCAGAAUUUCACAAGCCUGCAUCAGUCCAACUGCUACUAGGCUCCAGCACCUCUAUUGCCGCUCUCAGCAUUGGACAAAUCAAACUGCCCAAGGCUUCAGAUAUCUACCUCCAGAAGACUCAACUUGGAUGGAUCCUCUGCGGCAACAUCGGUGAUGAUCUCGACACUUCAAUGGCAAAAUGUCAUUUCACCGAGAUCAUCAACGAAUUCAAAAAAUUCUGGGAGAUCGAAGACAUCGGGAUCAAGAAGAGCCAUCAGUCUGAGAUCGAAACUGCCUGCGAGGAACACUUCAAAACCCACGUAUCACGUACUCCUGAAGGUCGAUACGUGGUCGCCUUACCGUUCAAUCAAAAUAUAGAACGACUCGGCACCUCUUAUCUCCAAGCUAAACGGAGACUCCUCUCAUUGGAACGAAAAUUCCAAUGGAACCCAACGUUGAAGGCUGACUACACUGCUGUUAUAGACGAAUAUAAGCAACUCGGUCACAUGAAACGUAUCAACACGGAGGUAGAAGAGGGCUUCUACCUUCCACACCACGCUGUGUUCAAGGAAACCAGCCUCACCACCAAGACACGCGUCGUCUUCGACGGCUCGGCUCGCUCCAGCACUGGCAUCUCCUUGAACGAUGCACUCAUGGUCGGGCCGACCAUUCAAGAUGAUAUCCUGUCUCUCGUUCUCCGCUUCAGACUCCACAACUUCAUUCUCACCGGUGACAUCGAGAAGAUGUAUCGGCAAAUCCUCGUGACUCCUGAAGAGAGAAAAUUCCAACGCAUCCUCUGGCGCGAAAACGGAAAAAUUGAAACGUACGAGUUACAAACAGUGACGUUUGGACUCGCUCCAGCUCCAUACCUCGCCGUCAGAUGUCUUCAUCAACUUGCUGAUGAUGAAAGGGAAAGGUUUCCUCUCGCUUCAGCCAAACUCAAGCAGGACCUCUACGUAGACGAUCUUCUCACCGGCACCAGCACACUGGAAGAAGCCUUACAACUCCUCAACGAAAUAAUUGAUCUCCUCAGCACAGGAGGGUUCAAUCUCCGACAAUGUGCCUCCAACUCUCCAGAUGUCCUCCACGGCCUUCCAGAUUCCACAGUCAACAUCCAGCUACUCGGAGAAGAUGAUUCCGCUCUCAAAACUCUUGGUGUGCGCUGGGACUCUAAAACGGACACGAUUGUUUACACAAUCAACCCAAUUGCCACCAGAGACACUGUCACCAUGAGGACCAUUGCUUCCGACGUAGCUCGCAUCUACGAUCCCCUUGGCCUGCUAAAUCCUGUCAUCACCCACGCCAAAAUCAUCCAGCAACAGCUUUGGCGAUUCAAACUCGACUGGGAUGAUUCUGUGCCUGCUGAAAUCCACACUCAAUGGGAUGAGUUUGCCUCACAGCUCCCUCUGCUCAAUGAAAUCCACUUCAAACGUCAGGUAACAAUAAACAAAAAAUUUGAAAUUCAUGGUUUUUGUGAUGCUAGCAGUCGUGCAUACGGGGCCUGCAUCUACUUGCGUUCCAUCAGUCAAGAUGGAGAUGUGCAUGUCAACCUAUACUGUGCCAAGUCUCGUAUCACUCCCAUCAACCACACCAGUGAGCAAACCACUCCACGCCUGGAACUAUGUGCAGCAGAGCUACUCUCCAACCUGUAUGACAUCGUGAAGAAGGCCACACACAUCGAACCAGAAAGAGCUAUUUUCUGGUCUAACUCUACGGUUGUUCUCCACUGGAUUAAGACUCCUUCUCAUCUUCUUCAAAGAUUUGUGGCCAAUCGAGUUGCCAGAAUCCAAGAGUUGACCAACACCAGCAACUGGAGACAUGUUCGAACACAUGAAAAUCCUGCAGACGCUAUAUCCAGAGGUCAACUAUCUUCAGCAUUUCUCCACAAUCACCUCUGGAAACAUGGACCUGCCUGGCUUCAAGAAGAUGAAGAGCACUGGCCCCACUUCAACAUCGGAAAACUGAUUGAGCUUCCUGAACUCAAGAAGGCCACUGUGCUCAUUGUCUCAUCUCCACCGGGGAACCCUCUUCUCCAACGCUACUCUUCUUUUGAACGGCUCAAAAGAAUUCUUGCCUUAUGUCUUCGAUGGAGAACCAAGGUCAAAUCUGCUCAUCUCACACUCGAAGAAUUGAAGAAAGCUGAAACUCAAAUAAUCCAACUGGUCCAACAAGAAACAUUCAAAUCAGAAUUAUCGCUGCUCGAACAAGGAAAAUCUCUUCCUCCCAAAAGUCGACUCAUCAACCUCAGCCUCCAGCUUGAUGACGAUCAUCUGAUCCAUGUUGGUGGACGACUCAAGAAGCAUAAGACUCUACCAUUGGAUGGAGUCCAUCCAAUCCUGCUACCCAAGGGACAUCAUGUCACCAACCUCAUCAUCCAGGAAGCCCAUCUCAACAAUCUGCACUCAGGAAUUCAGAACACACUCCAUACAGUAAGGCAACGUUACUGGCCCGUGGAUGGACGCAACCAGACAAGAUUCCUCAUCAACAAAUGCAUCAGCUGUACCAGAGUCAAUCCUUCACCAGUGAACUAUCCUAUGGGCAGCCUACCUCGAGAACGCAUCACUCAGUCUAGGCCAUUUGAACAUACUGGAGUGGACUACUGCGGCCCUUUCUUUAUCAAGGAGAAAAAACUUCGUAAUCGUGCGAAGAUCAAGGUUUGGGUCUCCAUUUUUGUCUGUUUCAGUACCAAGGCUGUCCACAUAGAACUCGUCAGCGACCUCACCACCGAGGAAUUCUUGGCAACCCUUAGCAGAUUUCUCUCGAGACAUCCCUCCUGUAAGGCUCUCCACUCUGAUAAUGCCACAACAUUCACUGGUGCCUACAAGGAGCUGAAGGAGCUCUAUAAUUUCAUCCAGGAUGAGCAGCAUGAGGACUCCAUCAGGCGAAAUCUCAUCAAAAAGGGUAUCGAAUGGCAUUUCAUACCUCCAAUAUCUCCACACUGUGGCGGUCUAUGGGAGGCUGCUGUAAAGUCAUGCAAACACCAUAUGAAGAGGGUCAUCGGUAAUGAGUUGCUAACCUAUCAGCAACUCAACACUCUAUGCGUCAAGAUUGAGGGGAUCCUUAAUUCCAGACCUCUCACUCCAUUGUCAUCAGAUCCUAAUGACUUCUCAGCAUUGACACCAGCCCAUUUCCUUCAUGGAGAAUCAACGACGGACCUCCCUGCUCCUAACUGGUCGCACACUCCAACGAAUCGUCUCUCUCAGUGGCAACACCUGGAGCAGAUCAAGCAGCACUUCUGGGCCCGAUGGCACAAGGAGUAUCUCUCCGAACUCAACGUCCGCCAUAAGUGGACUUCAGGCAGCCACGACAUUACCAUCGGCUCAUUGGUGCUGCUACGUGACGACAACCCACCUCCUCUGAAGUGGCGCAUGGGGCGAAUCAUCGAAGUCUUCCCUGGAGAAGAUGGCAUCAUCCGCAAGGUGAAGGUCAGAACCUCCACCAACACUGUUGAUCGCAACGUCCGACGUCUAGCACCUUUACCAAUGGACCCCAUCACUUCUACAGAGGAUUCUUGA